ACCCUCAACUUUAGCCCGCCGGAAGCGGAAGUCAGGUGGUUGUCGGAUUUUAGAGGAAGGCGCUCCGUUACAUUGGAGAACUGGAGUGGUCUGGAGUUCCACGGUGUAGUGGGCCAGAGGCCACCUCUCCUGGGCUUCUCAGUGUCUCGCCGGCGAGGUUCGGCCUGAGCUGGAUAGACAUAGCCCUUGGCGGGAGAGACGAGGUUUCACCGUGUUAGCCAGGCUGGUCUCGAUCUCUUGACUUCGUGAUCCGCCCGCCUCGGCCUCCCAAAGUGUUGGGAUUACAGAGAUUUAAACAACCUAAACAUUAAGCAAUACAGCUGCCUCAAACCUUUGGGAUUUUCAGAAUGACUGACACUGCCGAAGCUGUUCCAAAUUUUGAAGAGAUGUUUGCUAGUAGAUUCACAGAAAAUGACAAGGAGUAUCAGGAAUACCUGAAACGCCCUCCUGAGUCUCCUCCAAUUGUUGAGGAAUGGAAUAGCAGAGCUGGUGGGAACCAAAGAAACAGAGGCAAUCGGUUGCAAGACAACAGACAGUUCAGAGGCAGGGACAACAGAUGGGGGUGGCCAAGUGACAAUCGAUCCAAUCAGUGGCAUGGACGAUCCUGGGGUAACAAUUACCCGCAACACAGACAAGAACCUUACUAUCCCCAGCAAUAUGGACAUUAUGGUUACAACCAGCGGCCUCCUUACGGUUACUACUGAUAGAAAUGUUGGCAGCUUUUAGUAAAAGCAUUUACUCUGUUACCAUGAGAAAAGUUUGGGUGUCUUCUGUUGGUCAUAGUUUUACAUCUGAUUUUACAGAAUGGAUUAUUGAUUUUUUGGAAGUUGAGACUUUAAAAAAAAUAGAUCUUACUUGCGAAAUGUGAUGGUUGCUGGGAAUACCUGAAAUUGUGGAUUAUAUUGCUUGACUUCUACCUCAGAAUCUUCUUUGUUUCAUGACUUAAUAGUGCUUUAAGUUUGGUAUAUUAUUUGACCUCUAGGAAUUCUUUGUUUUACACAGAAAUAAAAAUUUUAAAAUAGAAAAUGCUUUUACUUUGUAAGGUAAGAGAGUAUCCAUAUGCUUAGAUGUGCUUGUUUCUAAAAUUCUAGAGGUUGAUAUAAUCAGCUCAUGAAUGCACAGCUAUGCUUUUUGUGAUAGAUUGUAUAUAACAUCAGCAGUUGAAAGGUAAAACAAUUGCUUUUUUUUUUUUUUUUUUGCUUUUGUUAAGUGACUAUGGUACUUUGUGAUUCCUUAAUCUAUAGAUGAGUCAGCUCCACACUUGAGUCUCUUUUUAGAGGGAAAUCAGUAAUAAAGCUGUAAAAUAAGGAAGGAA